AUGAGACGUUGGACUGAUGGUAAAAGUUGGUCUGCAAGUAGAAUCAAUGGAGGUUUUUUAACCUACAGAGAAUUAGAAUCAUCUAGCUCUUGUGGUAAUAAUAAUUCUCAUGAUUUAUCAAGCGAAGACACUGAUUCAA